AUGGAAAAGGUUUCAUAUCUGGGCCACAAGGUGGGGGGCGGCCACCUGAAGCCGGAGCCGGCCAAGGUGGAGGCAAUCCAGGAUUGGCCCACUCCCCAGACUAAGAAGCAGGUCCAGGCUUUCAUUGGGAUGGCGGGGUACUACCGGAGGUUUGUGCCCCACUUUAACUCCCUGGCAGCUCCCCUCACGGAGCUGUGCAGGAAGGGAAAGCCGGACAAGGUGGUCUGGACCGAGCAGUGCCAGAGGGCUCUCUGUCCGCUGAAGGGGGCGCUUAUCCAGGGCCCGGUGCUGGUAAACCCGGAUUUUAACAAACCCUUCCUGGUGUUCACUGACGCCUCGGACACAGGGCUGGGGGCGGUACUGAUGCAAACUGAUACUAAGGGGAAGACACACCCCAUUGUGUACCUGAGCAAGAAGCUGCUGCCCUGGGAGCAGCACUACACAGGCAUAGAGAAGGAAUCAUUUUUGCUUAUUAAUGGACCCAGAGCCUAUUCAGGUGAUGGGAUGGUGAGUGAGAAUGAGGAGGAGAAACCCCAGCAGGAAGAUGCUGAGCAAGUAGAACCACAUGGAACGUUAUCAGGAAGAUCCAAAGCAAAUGUUUCCAGGAGUUGUGCACUCCAAGAAAAAGCAAAAGUCUGUGAGACUCAAGGGAGGCCAGAGGAAAACUUCAGUAGCCUCUCAGACCUUAUAACACGUGACAGAAUCAACUUGGAAGAGACACGCUACACGUGCUCUGAGUGUGGGAAAAGCUUCAAUAGGCGCUCAAAUCUUAUCAGACAUGAGAGAAUCCACAUAGGAGAGACGCCCUACACGUGCUCCGAAUGCGGGAAAAGCUUCUAUGAGCGCUCACACCUUAUCACACAUUGUAGAAUCCACACAGGAGAGAUGCCCUACACGUGUUCUGAGUGUGGGAAAAGCUUCAAUCAGAGCUCAGACCUUAUCAGACAUCAGAGAAUCCACACAGGUGAGAAGCCCUACACAUGCUCCGAAUGCGGGAAAAGCUUCUAUGAGCGCUCACACCUUAUCAGACAUUGUAGAAUCCACACAGGAGAGAAGCCCUACACAUGCUCUGAGUGUGGGAAAAGCUUCAAUCAGAGCUCACACCUUAUCAAACAUAGGAGAAUCCACACAGGAGAGAAACCCCAUACAUGCUCUGAGUGCGGGAAAAGCUUCAGUGAUAGCUCAAGCCUUAUUAGACAUCAGAAAAUUCACAGAAUCCACAGGGGAGAGAAACCCUACACGUGCUCUGAGUGUGGGAAAAGCUUCAAUCGGAGCUCACACCUUAUCAGACAUAGGAGCAUCCACACAGGAGAAACGCCCUACACAUGCGCUGAGUGCGGGAAAAGCUUCAAUCGGCGCUCAAGCUUUAUUAGACAUCAGAGAAUCCACACAGGACAAAAACCCUACACGUGCUCUGAGUGUGGAAAAUGCUUCAGUUAUAACUCAGUCCUCAUCUCACAUCAGAGAAUCCACACAGGAGAGACACCCUACACAUGUUCUGAGUGCGGGAAAAGCUUCAAUCAGAGCUCAAGCUUUAUUAGACAUCGGACAAUCCAUACUGGAUGGACACCCCACACAUGCUCUGAGUGCGGGAAAUGCUUCAGUUAUAGAUCAGCCCUUAGCACACAUCAGAGAAUUCACACAGGUGACAAACCCUAUGGAUGCUCUGAGUGUGGGAAACGCUUCAUGGAUAAUUCAACCCUCAUCACACAUCAGAGAAUCCACACAGGAGAGAGACCCUACAUGUGCUCUGAGUGUGGGAAAAGCUUCAAUCAGAGAUCAAACCUUAUCAAACAUCGGACAGUCCACAUAGGACAGACGCCCUACACAUGCGCUGAGUGUGGGAAAAGUUUUAAGCAGAGCUCUGCCCUGAUCACACAUCAGAGAAUCCACACAGGGGAGGUGCCCUACACAUGCUCUGAGUGUGGGGAAUGCUUCAGUUAUAGCUCAGCCCUCAUCUCACAUCAGAGAAUCCACAGUGGAGAGACGUCCUACAUGUGCUCUGAGUGCGGGAAAAGCUUCAAGCAGAGCUCAAGCCUUACUAAACAUCAGAAAAUCCACGCAUGA